AUGUCUAAAGCAAAAAACAGUGAGGGGAAUGUGCUAAAGCGUGUGGCGAAACUGCCACUCAUCAGCUCAGCGCUGCAGCAGGCCACUUCUGUCUACAUGGGUGUGAAAGGUCGUUACCCUCUGCUCGGGUUUGUAGGAGGUGUAGCAGAGCUAGGUGUCCGUAGUGCAUCCACAGCAGCCCUGAAACAAGCAGCACCUCUGCUACAGAACCUAGAACCAGAAAUUGAGGCAGUAAACAGUUUUGCACUGGUGGGUUUAGAGCAGCUAGAGAAGCUUUUCCCGAUUCUCCAACAGCCCACAGAUGAGGUGGUUGCUGAUCUUAAAGACGCUUUCUUCUCGAGGCUGGACGAUGCGCAGUCUCGAGUGAAUGAUGAGCUGGACAGAGCCGUGGACAGAUGGGAUAAACUGAUACAGCUAAGCUCGCGCCUCCUGGCGGAAGCUCAAGAGUCAGCAGCAGGGCGAGUGAUCAGCGCGGGUCUGGAUGAGCUCAUCACUCAGUCAGAGGCGGCUGUGGCCUACUAUCUACCUCUGCCACCCACACUGCGUCUUGAGUGGGAGAGAAGAGUGCUGAGCUAUGAAGAAGAGGAUAAUGAUGAUGAUGAAGAAGAGCCUCGAAUGUGGACACGUAUCCGUAGCCUGUUGUUGUGCCUGUACCUUCAACUGUACCACAGACUGAUGAAGCUGAGAGAAAGACUAGACAGCGUUUUACAGAUGCUGGGGGCGGCUGCUGAAACGGUGGGUCUAAUGCAGUUGAUGGCGAUGGUGGAGUCCCUGCUGCAGCUGCUUCUGUCAUUUUACAUGAGUCAGGUGCAUCGCAUGGCGGAGCUACGUUCUCUUCUCAUGGCUCAGCUCACGUCAGGUAUACAGGCACUGGAGGUUUUGCCCCCUGUACAGCAGAUACUGGCUCUGCCUACCCAGGUGCGCACUAUCAUGAACGACCUACUGGAACUGGGACAGAUUCUCAUACAGUUGCUCAUCAACACCACCCCACUCUAUGACCUGGUAAAACAGGUUUCUGAUCUCGAUGCAGCGAACAGUCCAAUUCCAGAUGAACUGCCUGAGAGUCCCUCCAGCCCUGACUCUGCAAACAGUCUCUUCCUCAAGGCCAUGGACGGUGGCCCGCGUCGCCGCAGAAGCCUUCACACCGGCUCCCGUCGUGGGUCUGCCAGCGGGCUUCCAUCAAGCCCAGCUCUCUCCCCAACUCCUACCCCAGUCCCAGCAAAUGGCCGUAAAGGCAGUUUGAAGCUAGAUUCCCAGCCUUCAGGCACUCCUGAAUUUGACACACUGGCUGUGCCCUCCACCGAUAUGAUCCGCCGCCGUUCCUCAGCCACCGAGGUCCUGCUGGCUCCCAUUAAGCAGAUAGUUACACAGAGCCAACGGGCGUUUGAGUUUCUGAGUUCUGGCCCUUCAUCUGAGGAUCAGGUCAUACCUGUGGAGGAAACCACAGAACAUUAGGCUCCAUUUUUCUCAAAGAUAAGAUUUAAAUAUAAUCAGAGCAUUUAAAAGCAGAUCGCAUCUCACAGGCUGUAGUAGGCCUAAAAAAACUAAUGUGGUGACUAAUUAUUAAAUAACAUAAUUAGCCUAGCAUUCAGGACGUGUAGAUGGUUUAAAAGCUAAAAUAAAGCAUUGUUUCAACUAUGCAUUACUUGAAAUAAAAACAGUACAGAUUUGUGCUCUGAAGUGCUGAUUGGAUAUGUAGUGCUUUUUAGCUUUGGAGUUUCUAGAAGUUAGGGCAAAGAAACAACUUAACAAUUGAGCAGAAAUGAGAAAUGUCAUUUUUUUCAAUAUAUAUUAUCAUUAGUAGCAUGUAACCCAACAUUUUGUUUAGAUCAAAUAAAACUUUUUCUAUUUUUCAGCUUUCUUAGCUCUUAUAUACUAGAAGCAGUUUUUAAUCUAUAGACUGUCAAUGAAUGACUGAUAGUUACAUCAGUGCACUGACUCAAACAAGAUGAUGCAAGGAUUCUGAUCAGUUGGAAAUGAAAUGUUUAAAAUUGGUUUGACUUCCAGUCCAAGGUCACGCAUGUUCAGUCGAGAGGAGAGGAUAAGAUACUGUUAAUGUUACUUUGAUUAAUCAUGGUGUAUUUUAGGUUUUAAGAUCAAGGAUGUGUAAUUACGGAGUGAGAAACAUAAAGUGAAGUGUGUUUUACAUAGACAGGCAUGUAAUGUUACUAAAUGGUGUUAAGUGACAUUUAUAGCUAAUAUCCUAACAGCCUUUAUCCUGUAGUACUUUUUUCCUAUUACAAAUGUUAUAUUGGCUUUAAAUGUAAUAAAACAUUUUAUAAAUUGUUA